UAACAACACAUGCGUUGACUAUCACAAAAACAUAAGAACGCGCGUACUAAUAACCUUAAUCUUAUUUUUGUCACAACACUAUAAAGUGUAAAUUCUCGAAAUCGAUCCUAUUAAUUUAUAAAAUUGAAGCAAAACCAAUUGGCCAAUUAAUUUCUUAACAUAUUCAAUUCAAAUAUUUCCAUAUUCAGUGGGAUUUGAAUUAUCAUUUAAAUUUCGCGAUGCCGAGAAUCAUAAAUAAAACAAAAAAUACCAGAAAAUCAAUAAGUUGUGUGUCGAGUUAAACAUUGACUAAAUAACAAUAAAAAAUGAAAGUUAUAACAAAUAAGUUGAGCAGAACAUUGAUAAUAUCAUCAAUUUCUGUUGUUCUACUCGCGGCUUUAUUGACGGAAUGGAAACAUUUUUUUUCGGUUUUUAUAUUUUUUUUAUUGACAUUGUCAUGCAGUGUCAUCGGUCCUUUAGUUAUUGUGCUGAUACAAAUCGCAUUUUCACCAAAACAUCAGACUGGUAUAAAUACAUUGAAAACUACUGUUGAAUUGGAUGCAUUCCGUACCAUGUUAAUGAAAGGCUAUGAACCAAAAGUAUCAACAAUCCAACGUCAAAAUAAGUACCCAAUGAUCUUUACACGUCCGGUCGAUAGUUCACUGCAGAAUCUCUUGGACCUAAUCUUCCGGGAUUUCAUAAAAUCAUGGCUGACUGACAUCACGGUUUUUCCGGAUGAACUUCUUUUGACAAUGAAACAAGACUUCUGGAUCGCGCUUCAAACCCUCAAUACCCGGCUCUCAAAAAUUGAUCACACGAAACUCAUUGCCUCAAGUAUUGUAAACAAAGUGACCUUUCACUUUGAAAAGAUCCGAAUUGCCCAAUCCGCAGUCUGCGAAGGCUCGGAUCCCAUUUUCAUUCUCUCUCCCCAUCUAAUGUCUUCAUCUGCGGAACUGGAUUAUCUUCGAGCAAUCUCUACCCUUUUCAUAACUUAUUUUCUGCCACGCAGUUACUCUCUCUCUCCAUCAAAGUUCAUUCUACGCGAAGUCCUGACCCACAGAAUAAUAAAACCUGCCAUAGAUCUGAUAACCGAUCCGGACUACAUAAAUCUGAAGAUCCUGGCGUACAUUGAGCAGCAACAAUUAGCCGAAGCUAUGCAUCGCAAAACUUAUGAGUACGCUGAAUCAUUUGAGGAUUUCAUUCGGAUGAUAAAGAGCUCACGUGACCUAGAAGUACUCAAACACAUUCGCUACAACAUCGUCACGGAAAUAAUGCAAGCGACGACAAUCGAAAACGUCAAAAGAGCCCAGGGCCUGGACUUGGACGCACCUUCAGGUUCCAACAAGGCCGACGUCAUUCAGGGACGGAAACUCAAGCGCUACAUCAGUCAGUUGACCUUCGCUAAGACCACUUGCGAGCAUCAUAUGCAAUCACUUGGAUGGGACGGGUAUCCUAUUCAAGACUGUCUUCAAGACUCAACUGAACGCGUGAUUCCCUUGGCCAUAAUCCUCGAGAGCGUCGUAGGUCGUCGCUUCCUCACGGCUUUUCUUGAAAGUGUCUCUAGUCAAGGCCUCAUCGGCUAUUGGGCAGCAGUCCAGGAACUUCGAGCUGCUGAUAAGUCAUCUUGGCACCAAUUGGGCGCCGAAAUUUUCUACACUUACAUCAGGUCACCCACGGCCGAAAUAAAAGUUGACAAGAGCGUCCGAAAAUGCAUGGAAGCUUUUCUGAUGGGAGACAAAGGUCCGCAAAUUUUUUACCAGGUCCAAGAUGACGUUGUCAAGAUUAUUGAAGACAAAUAUUACUCCUCCUUUUUAGUUAGCGAGCAGUACAAACAGAUGCAAGAAGCGUUACUGGUUGAGCGAACAGAUUUAUUAGUCGACGAGCGUGUUAGCGACUGCGUAGUCAAUGAAACGACUCUGGUUGGUGAGCAUUCGAAUUACGCGCGCAGUAAAUUAGAUCAGUUGGCAGAGAAAUUGAACAAUAAGAUGCAAGCUUUGCAGGCAUUGAAGUCAUCUCUGAAGCCCGAAAGUCGUGUGCUGAGUAUUCUGGCCAAAGAGGUUGAGUGGCUUCAAGGCGAAAAGCGACAACUCGAGGCCCAUCUCACCCAUACUGAGAUGUGGGCAGAACAUUUGGGCAAAUGGCGUUGUGAUGUUCAGAGCGGGGAGAUUCCAGACAAUGGUGAUCCUCCACAGUUUAUUCUAGUUGUCCACAUGGCACAGGAAGAAAACGACGACGGGAUUUCUACCGGAUGGGUCGUGUUUCGGAAACUACCAGAAUUCCAUGAGCUGCAUCGCAAAUUGAGGCUCGUCUGCACCAAUGUAAAGAACUACGAGCUCCCAAGUCAACCACUGAAAUUUUUCGGCAAGACUGAUAGGAAUGCAUUGGAGAAGGCCAAAAACCAGAUACAGCGUUAUGUUAAUUUCGUGCUGGAAGAUGAUAAGUUGAAUCAAAGCGAAGCACUGUACAGUUUCCUAAGUCCCAGUUCCGAGCAUCUCAAGCACGUGGCGCCCUCGCCAAAGAAGUCGAGGUUCUCACUAGCGACUUUGUUCAAGGGAGGAUCUGGCAGUGGGGAUUCCAGAGAAAAAGAUGAAGACGAUGACUAUUCUUUGCUGCUAGAGGACUCAGAAAUUGGGCGAUCUGGAGCUGCGGACUUGACCGUAGGCAAGGACGCAAUCGCCGAACCACUUUACGCCCUCGUGGGAGAAAUUUUUGAUCUUCGAGGGGUCUUUAGGUGGCUAAGAAAGUCUCUGAUCACUUUCGUACAGAUAACUUAUGGCCGGACAAUAAAUAGACAAGUUCGUGAUACAGUAGCUUGGGUCUUUUCUGAGCCGAUGCUAAAUUACUACAUCCAACUGUUUACCAAAUCGUGGUGGCCGAACGGGCAACUGGCGCCCACUACUCCGGCUAGAACCGACGAAGAAAAACUUAAAACUCGUGGUGAAGCCAGAAGACAGUUUCUUAACAACAUUCCUGAGGUAUUGGCUAGUCUCGUUGGCGCCCAAAGUGCGCAGAAAGGUGCUACCAAAGUAUUUGACACUCUGCAAAAUGUGAAUCUCAACAAACAAUUAUUUUAUGAUAUUUUUGAGGUUGUCUUGUAUGAAAUAUUUCCGGAACUUCACCAAAAGUAAUUUUUUGUAAUAAUUUCUAACCUACAAAGUAUUUUAUGAUAAAAUCUAUAUGUGCUAAUGUUUGUAAAUAAUUUUUAACAUUGAAAUGUGCAUUUAAUAAAUAUAUAUGUAUAUAUAUA